UAUUCUUUCAAAGAUGACAUCCAAAAGCAAAAUUUUUGGCGGGAGCCAAGAACUGCCCGACGGUUCAACCAAAGAGUUCACAGAAUUAACCAUCAGAAGAAUUCACUGAGUAACUAGCAAUGAACUGUAAUCAAAGGAGCUAGCUGUUAACUGAAAGCUAAUAUGAUUGAAUGUAGAGGAUGCAAUGACUAUGAAGUUUGAUGAUAAGACAGAGGAAGAAUUAGCCGCCUUGAAGCAGGACUUCCUUGAGCUUCUUCAAGACCAAAAGGCCAUGCUGCACUAUCUUCAGUCUGAGGCAGACUACAUAAAACAGCUGAAUGACUGCCAUGAUCAGAUUCAUACAAAGACCGAAGAAGAGACUUUAAAUGAAGAAGAAGCGAAAAUUCUAUCAGAAUUGAAAGAAAAUAUAAUGAAAUGCUGCGAGACAACUGGAAUUGGAGUUGAUUUCAAACUGCAAGCCUACAUCAUUAAAAGCAUAGAUGUGUACCACAUAGUGAAACAUUAUAAAGUCUUAUUGCUGUGUACGUCGAUAGAGGUGAAAAUCAUUGUAGAUCUAAUGAUUGAUAUGAGAGACAUCAAGCUGAACUACCAAGUGGAGAAGCUGCAAAUAAAGCUGAAGGACAAGACCAUUUUUGCUGCACUUAAAGAUACAUUGGCUGAAUUGGAGAAAUCUAAAGAUCUCGUUAAUGCCGUCCGUUUUCUCUCUUCCUAUGGCUGGUUGAGAGAUCAGAGAGAAACCGUUUUUACCAACCUCGAGCGGUCAGAAGAAUUCUCAGAAUGUAUAACUUUUCCUAAAACAACAUCUGGUGAAACUAUUAUCAUCUUUGAUCCCAAUUGGCCAGACAUCAAGAUCCAUGUGAAGUGGGUGAUACAACAGAACUUUCUGUUCCGAGCUGAGUCCUACAUCUCAGUGUUCUGUAAAGUCUCUCGCUCAAAAGAAGCAUAUGCUAAAGCAGAUUUCUUGGCCAAUCUUCCACAACUCUUCAAACAGCUGCUUCAGAAAGAAGGAGAGGAAGGAGCUUUGAAAUGUCUUAUAAAAAUGGUGAAAGCAUGAACCAAGGUAGUUUUGGUGUUUUUUUUUCCAGUUUUACUUUGCUGCAAGAAUUGUCCAGAGCAUUCAACCAUGAAUUGACACAGUUUUGUUAUUAGAGUUCCUUGUAUUUUGCCUCUAAAAGGAUGCAUUCCCUCCAAACAUCAUUGAUUUCUCAAUUACGAAAAGCAACAAAAAAAAUUGGGGGGUACCAUUCUGCUAUACAAGGGAUCUUAUUGAUGGAAUAUUGAUUAUUUGUUUAUCAAUAGAUUUCAGGAGUUAGGAAAUAGAAAUUAUAUUUGAAGAGCUUACAUUCAAAACCAAUUAAAUGCGUCAGAACGACUUUUGAGUAAUUGUUUAAAACAACAUCUUGAAUAAAUCUGAUUUUGAUUGGAAGACUAAGAGUCGCCUCCUGUCUAUAUGGCAUCUCUCCCAGUUUGUCUGAAAAACAUUUCAUGUGCAUGAAGCAAGCAGCUUGCAGAUUGUUUUAAUGGUUGUCAUGAAAUCAACCAAAUACGCACUUAUAAUGGGUUUGAAAGUCGGCUCCUCAUUUUAUUUCUUCACUGAUUACUAUACAAAAUGAUAAAGGCCUUUAGCCCCUUUCAUACCAACCUGCAUGAACUGCCUCUGGUUCUAGUACUCAAAUUUCCUGUUUUAACUAUUUUGCAUUUAAACCAACUAUAUCUGGCCCAAAAUAUUCUAUGUUUUAUAUUUAAACUGGCCACAUCUGGUUUCUUACAUUACAAUGUCAUUCUAUAAAUAAACAAUCACAUCUUUGAAAAUCUCAUAGCUUCAGAAUAAUGCCUAAUUACUUAUUAAAAAAAUGUGAAUAAAUUAGCAUUACCAUUUGACAGAAGAAUCUGAAUGCCAAUGGGUUAAAAUGGUCUGGAUUUUUUUAGGUUCCAAACACCAGCUUAAUAACAACAAAAUUAUGCUAUUCUUCAUUAUUUUCAAAACUCGUUGAGACAAAGGCAAUGUGUAUUUCAAUGCAAGUAUGGUAACAAAAGGGUUAAAGUGAUCUAAAUUAAAUCCUUCCACCUAAAUUUCAUAUAUUGUCCCAAACACCAACUUAAUAAUGACAGGCUUAUUUUACUAAAUUCUUCAUUAUUUUUCAAAAUUAAUUGAAACAAAGACAGACUAUUAUUUUAAACAAAAUAUAGUUAAAAAAAAAAAAAAAAGUGUUUUUUGUUGUAUUUUUUUAGUUUGUUAUUUUGAAAUUAAAUACACAAGACAAAUCUUUAAGGUUUGUUUCUUGGAUGUGUUAAGGGUUAAAAAAGACAAUGGAAUACUUUCCAUAGAAAGCUAAAUACAAUAGCAAUUCCUUCAGUUAUUUUGGUACCUUUUAUCGCAAUUCAUUCUGGACGCUUAUGACUGUGAUAGGAUGAGUUGUUGUAUGCUCAUGAGUGACUUUGGGGAGUGGAAACUGAAAGAAGCCUAUCGUACAUAGAUACAGAUGUAUAUAGGCAUAGGUAUGACUUGAUUGUUAAGAAGCUUGCUUCUCAACCAUGUGUUCAGUUCCACUGUGUGGCACCUCGGGCAAGUGUCUUCCACUAUAGCCCUAGGCCAGCCAAAGCUUUGUAAAUGGAUUUGGUAGAUGGAAACUGAAAGAAGCCUGUUGUACAUAUGUGUGUGCAGGUGCCCUUGUCUUGACAUUCUGUGAUGUAAACAAACAUUCCUGUCGUACUAAUAAUUUUGUUAAACUCCAGUCUUUGGGAAAUCUGUUUGGCCAAGAAGAAACCACUCUUUGCUUGGAAACAGGUGAGGGUUGGUGACAGGAAGAGCAUCCAGCUGUAGAAAAUCUCAGUAAACUCUGUUUGACCCACGAUGAUAAUGUAUGUGUGUGUGUGUGUUGAAUGUAAGAUGCAGGUAUGUCUGCGUAAUUUAGAAGUUUACUUCACAACCAUGAGAUUUCAUGUUCAGUCCUGCAGCAGGUUACAUUGAACAAACAUCUCGUACUCCCAGCCCAAAAUUACCCAAGUCUUGUCAGUUGGUUUACUGGACAGAAACUGGAAGAAGCCAGUCGUGUGUGUGUUUAUAUACAGGAGUGCUCAUGUCUCUUCCAAGCAGGAUCGUUUGUUUGCGGUCUUCCAUGCAAUCCUGUUUGGCCAGCAUGCUGUUCAUAUUCAAUUACCUUACUUAAAAACAGAUAAUGGGGACAGGAAAGAUAUCUGCCCCACACAAGCAUGGAGAGUUGACACUCAAACGGUUAGGGUAAUGUUUGUGUUUGUGUGUUUUUCUUAAUAUUUGUGUUCUACAAAAGUUUCUUACACAGGCUGUGAUGUUGUCCCUUCUGUCAACAAAAAGUCUGCUCAUUUUGUGCCUUCAAAGACACACAAACUAUGAGGUCCCCUUAUUUACAAAAAUAGAUAAGGGUCAGCAACAGGAAUGGCACUUGGUUAUAAAACAGUGCCUCAAUAAGUGUUAGGUUGUCAGAUAAGUUCAUUCCUAUUUUUCUGUUUUUGGUUCUUUAACCAUCGAGUGAAGAUGACGAGCGAUGCUGUCGUGUGAGCAUCCCAUUUGCUGGGCCAACUGCCUCGUGGAUUGGUGGGGAUCUUCAUGGAUGAGCUGGUGCAAUCGUUCUUCAUUGAACUGAACAGGUCGGCCAGAGCGUGGAGAGUCUGUGAGAUUAAAUUUCCCCUCCUUGAAGCGUGCAAACCAUUUCUGUGCAGUUCUUUCAGUAAUGGUGCCCUCUCCGUACACGGCACAGAUGUCUCGAGCGGCUUUGGUAGCCUUGGCGCCUUGAUUGAAAGCGAAGAGGAGAAGGUGUCGCAAAUGCUCAUUCUUCUCCAACUGGCACUCCUUCGUCGUAUGUCUGAAAAGAAGCAAAAUUUAUUCAAAUUUCAAAAAUGAUAAACAGACAUUGUAGAGGAAGAAUAAAUCU